UGCGCGGAGCGGCGCUCCCAUGAGCCGGCGCUGCCGCUCGGCCGCCGCCGCGUUGCUGCGGGGGCUCGCCGGCCCCGCCGCGCUGUGCCUGGGCAGCGCCAUGAGCCUCUGCGGGGCGCCGGCCGCCUGCGCCGCGGGGCCUGCGGGCGGCGGCAGCGGCGGCGGGGGUUUCUCCGCGGCGCGGCUGAGCGCGCCGUGGCUGCGGCUGCCCGAGGUGCCGGGCGCUGAGCCGCACCGCACCAACGAGCUGCUGCUGCUGCUGCCGCCGGCCCCGCGCGGCCCGGCCCCGUCACCGCAGCACCACGUCGUGUACUUCCCGGGGGAUGUGCAGAACUAUCAUGACAUCAUGUCUUGCCACCCAGAAAACUUUCAGUGGGAGCACUGGAGUUUUGAAAAUGUUGCUUCCAUCCUCGCUCGCCGGUUCCCCGACAGCUUUAUUUGGGUCAUAAAGUGUUCUCGAAUGCACCUGCACAAAUUCAGUUGUUAUGACAAUUUUGUGACAAGCAACAUGUUUGGAGCACCAGAGCACAGCACUGACUUUGGAGCUUUCAAGCAUCUCCAUGCUUUGCUGGUUAAUGCAUUCAGACUCUCUCAGAAUAUUCUGCUAUCCCAGAAAAGUGUGCAUGGUGUCAGCAAGGAUGCAAAAAUAGCUGCUUGUAAAUCACAGCAGCAGUCUGCUCCUGCAACAAAUGGCUGCUCGUCCAGAGAAAGGGAGAGAGAUUGUGAAUGCUCUGAUAAUUCUGCUGUGAACGUCAUGGUCCCGUCUGCUCUAGGUGCAGCAUCCUUUACUUUGAUUGGCUUCAGUAAAGGCUGUGUGGUUCUGAACCAGCUGCUUUAUGAGCUGAAGGAAGCCAAAAAAGACAAGAAUACAGAUGCCUUCUUAAAAAACAUAAAAGCAAUUUACUGGCUGGAUGGUGGUCACUCAGGAGGAAGCAACACUUGGGUUACUUACCCUGAAAUGCUGAAAGAACUUGCAGAGACAGGAAUUAAAGUUCAUGCUCACGUUACACCGUACCAAGUGUUUGACACAAUGAGGUCAUGGAUUGGGAGAGAGCAUGAGAAAUUUGUACAGAUACUUCAAGAAUUUGGUGUGGAAAUAAAUGAUCAACUGCAUUUUGCUGAUGAAGUUCCCUCUUUAGACAACCAUUUCAGAGUUCAUGAAGUAUUUUGAGACUGUAUGUAUAUGAACAGUAUCUUCUUUGUAGAAGCACUUUUAACACUGUAAAUGUUGUCAUCUAGAUUUUCAGCUUUGAGCAGAUGCUUUCUAAACAGAAUACUAAAUCAGUUCUGUGUUGCUAAUAGAUACUAUAUAUAAAUUUCUGUAGCAUAAAAAGGCUUAUUGGGACCCCAUAACUAUAACAGAUGUUGCUUUUUGAUUCCUGGGAAAAAAGUGUUAUGAAGAACAAUCCUAUGCAUGUUUUUUUGUUAAAUGUGAAUGUUUAUUCUUAAACUGUUGGCAGAAUUUUUAGUCCUGGAUGUCUAAUAUCAUAUACUGCAUUUAAUGGGACUUUAAAGUACUUGAGAAUUUCAGAUGUGUAGAUACUUCAAUUGAGUGCUUCCAGGGCUAAAAUUAUUGCUCUUUGUCAAUAACAGAUGUAAGGUUAGUUUUUUGGCUUAAGGAAAUUGAUUGUAAGGAGAAUGUUAGUUGUAUAUUUUGUGGAGACCUAUUUUAUUAGGUAAAUAAAUCUUCCAGUUUUGUAACGUUUUUCCUGUUUGAAACAAAGUCACAAAUACCUUUGGAAUAAUAGUGCCAAUACAUUUCUCUUCCUUACGUGUGCCUGGCCAUUUCUGUCACUCUGAAGUUUGAUUAAUUAAUUGUGUAGUAUCUGCUAGUGAACAGCCAUUUUACCUGGGGGCUUGAAAAUUGUGAUGUAGCUAUGUUAAGUAACCAGGAAUGUUGAUUAGGGUAUAGCUUGUUUGUGUUUCAAGAUACCUUGCUGUUGCUUUGCUAACUUCUGUAAGGACCAGCAGUAAUACCUUUAUUAUCACAUCAAGGGGUGACAUCCCUACCUUGGGAUGGCAAGGUUUUACUUGGCAAUUGCUGCACUGAUGUUGCUCUUAAUCAAGCCAUGAGCACAUAAUCUAUUACAAGUUGCAUUAAAAAAAAUCAGACUGUGUUGAGUGUAGCUCUUUCAAAAUGCUUCAGUUUUAAAAUCUAUUAUCUCCUUUAAAUGUACUGCAGUAUUUGUUUCUAGAGCCAUCCAAAAACCUUAUUUUUUUGAGCCUAAUAUUUCCUACAGGAAAAAAAAAAAAAACUCUAAAUAAAAAGCCAGCCAGAUUUGACACAAAAGAUGUCAUCUGGUUCAGACACCAAACCUGAGUGUACUUAGUGACAACUCUGCCCUGCUCUUUGUUUCCUAUGGCUCUUACACUGUGGAAAGGAAGUUUCUUCUAUUGGCAUCAUUAAAACUUAAAAGGUUCCCUGUAGACAACUUUUGGCAGAAACUGUGCACAUCAGUGAUCACUGAAUAAUGAGAAAAGUGUUUUGUACUCCUAAGAAAAUUUUCUUAAUACUCAAAAUAUUAAGGGUGAUAGAAAGCAUUAUGCAUACAGUGUGCACCUUACAAUUGAAAGAGAACUCUAUCACUAAUAAUUAGAUUACCUAGUUCAUCAAAAGAAAUCUAUUUUAAUUGAUGGAGAAAAGUGCAACAUGCAAACAAACUCUAAGAACCUGAAAUUUAGUUCCAUCUGCUUUUUUAUUUUAGGCUGUUUCUUGGAGAUUUCGUUCAAUCCUAUCUGUUACUUACCAUCUUAAUAGACUUAUUACAACUUUUUAAUUUGUUUCAAGGAACAUUUUUUUCCCUUUAUGGUCCUUUUGAUAACAUUUGCAGCAUAUGUGAGGAUUUUUUUCUGUAAAGGAAAUAUGGGUCACAUAAAGAAUUGGUAUUUAUAGAAAGCCUGCAAAUGUCUUGAAAUAUAUUUAACCAUCCUCUUACAAAAUUGUAUUUUAAAAAGUAAACCAACAAAGCCCCCAGAACUUUAUUGCUUUUGCUCCCUGUUUCAGACUGACUAGGCUAAGUGGGGUGUGCUAACACUUGCCCAGUCCAAUAACACUGCAGAUCAGAGACCAAUUUCUAAACAAUUCUGUGCCUGCCAAAACAUCAGAACUACGUUGCUGCAGGCUUUUGGAAAUAGCUAUUAAAAUAUUGACAUUGUCUUCAAAAGUUUCUGGAUGGCUGUCCUGUUAAAAUAAUACUAACCUGUUUGAUGCAGGCUGCCUACAAUAACUGUUCAAUAGGCUCAAGUGCUGCUGCAUUACUUUGAAGAACAGGCACUUUGUUGUAAAACUAAUCUUGUUAUGAGACCUCGUGUUGUGGAGGGAAAACUGACUGGUUGUUUUUCAUUCUUUAAACAGCUGUAGUACUCUGUUGGAAUGUGCCCCUGUCAUUCAUUACAAUACAUGCUAAAAAUAAAUUUUGCAAACUAUGUAGAAAAUAAACUAUUUCUAAUGGGUGAAACCACUU